CACCAUUCAUAUUCUCAAACCUUCUCAUCUAUCAUCCCCCUGUUUGAAACUGAUAAUCGUGAUACCUUUUCGAUUAUCAUCUUUCCUUCCGUCUUUAUCCGUUGAUCGGUCAUUGUUCUUCAACUUUUGCAACGACCUUUGACGAGUGCUUUUCACCUUUACGAAACGUUAUCUCAAUUUCAGUCAGCUUACGAAUCUUGUCAAGUGAAGCGGGAUACACUCUAGCCAAACCGUCAUCAUGGCGGAUAAGCCCAUCUCAUUCGCUGAGCACUGUCAAUUACAGUCGCUCGGCAUUUCGCAAGAAUAUUGUACGUUUGCAAACUGUACUUUGGAAUCCGAAAGAUUCGUUUGUGUACGUGAAAAUAAUCAAGUUUGCAUUGUUGAUUUGAACGAUGCAAAUAAUGUUAUGCGAAGACCUAUCACUGCCGAUUCAGCAAUCAUGAACCCGGCACAAAAGAUCAUCGCUCUUAAAUCUGGUCAAACAUUGCAAAUUUUUAAUAUUGAAGCAAAGGCAAAAGUUAAAUCUCAUCAAUUAAACGAAGAUGUUCAGUUCUGGAAAUGGAUCUCCAAUACAACCUUGGGUUUAGUCACUUCUACAGCUGUAUACCACUGGACCAUGGAAGGAGAAUCAAAUCCAUCCAAGAUCUUUGAUAGACAUGCAAGUUUGGCAGGAACUCAAAUUAUCAACUACCGUGCUUCGGCAGACGAGAAAUGGUUGUGCUUGAUCGGUAUCUCCAGCAACACAGCUCCAAAUGCAUUCAAGGUCAAGGGAAACAUGCAACUGUAUAGCCGCGAUCGUGGAGUCAGUCAACCUAUUGAAGGUCAUGCUGCCGCUUUUGCUGAGCUCAAAUCAGACACCGCCCCCUCGCCAUACAAAUUGUUCACAUUCGCUGUGCGUACAGCAACUGGUGCAAAACUUCAUGUUGUUGAGAUCGAUCAUCAAGCAAACAAUCCAACAUUCACCAAAAAGGCAGUCGAUGUGUUCUUCCCGCCUGAAGCAACAAACGACUUCCCAGUUGCCAUGCAAGUCAGUAAGCGAUAUGGAAUUGUCUACUUGGUCACCAAGUACGGUUUCAUUCAUCUGUACGAUUUGGAGAGCGGUACGUGCAUUUACAUGAACCGUAUUUCUGGUGAAACAAUCUUUGUGACAGCCGAGUACGAAACAACGAGCGGUAUUAUUGGUAUCAACCGUAAAGGACAGGUUCUAUCCGUAUCCGUUGAUGAAACAACAAUCAUCCCGUACAUCCUCAGCACGCUCAACAAUACCGAAUUAGCAUUCAAAUUGGCCUCCAGGGGUGAUUUGCCAGGUGCAGAUGAUCUCUACAUGCAACAAUUCCAUUCGCUCUUCAGUACUGGCCAAUACGGUGAAGCCGCCAAAAUUGCAGCCAACUCGCCUCGUGGAAUCUUGCGAACAACACAAACAAUCGAGCAAUUCAAGCAGGUACCCAACCAACCUGGAACUCUCUCUCCUAUUCUGCAAUACUUUGGUAUCUUGCUAGAGAAAGGCACCCUCAACAAAUUCGAAUCUCUAGAAUUAGCCAGACCAGUCUUGGUGCAAAACCGCAAGCAUCUCCUAGAGAAAUGGCUCAAGGAGAACAAGAUUGAGUGCUCUGAGGAAUUGGGUGAUAUCGUUCGUCAGCAUGAUAUGAAUUUGGCAUUGAGUGUCUACCUUCGCGCAAAUGUACCAAACAAGGUAGUUGCCUGCUUUGCAGAGACUGGACAGUUCAACAAGAUUGUUCUCUAUGCGAAGAAGGUCGGAUACACUCCCGAUUACGCCGCUUUGUUGCAGCACAUUGUCCGCAUCAAUCCUGAACAAGGUGCUGAAUUCGCAAGUAGCUUGGUGCAAGAUGAAAAUGGACCCCUGGUGGAUAUCGAGCGUGUUACAGAUAUCUUUAUGGGACAAAACAUGAUCCAACAAGCCACCAGUUUCUUAUUGGAUGCUUUGAAGGACAACAAGCCUGAACAAGCUCAUCUACAAACACGCUUGCUAGAAAUGAACUUGGUCAAUGCUCCUCAAGUCGCUGAUGCAAUUUUGGGCAACCAAAUGUUCACUCAUUACGAUCGACCAAGAAUUGCCAACCUUGCCGAGAAGGCCGGACUUUUGCAAAGAGCAUUGGAGCAUUACGAAGAUCAAGCCGAUAUCAAACGUGUGGUUGUACACUCCAAUCUACUUAACACUGAAUGGCUCGUCGAGUACUUUGGUCGUUUGACUGUCGAGCAAAGUUUCGACUGCAUGAAGGAAAUGCUCAAGGUCAACAUUCGUCAAAAUUUGUCUGUCGUCGUACAAAUCGCUACGAAAUACUCCGACUUGCUCGGUCCCGUCAAAUUGAUCGAAAUGUUUGAAUCAUUCAAGAGUUUCGAAGGAUUGUACUACUACUUGGGAUCCGUUGUCAAUUUGAGCCAAGAUCCAGAAGUUCACUUCAAGUACAUCCAAGCUGCCACACGUACUGGUCAGAUUCGUGAAGUCGAAAGAAUCUGCAGAGAAUCAAACUUCUACAAUCCAGAAAAGGUCAAGAACUUCUUGAAGGAGGCCAAACUAUCCGAUCAAUUGCCUUUGAUUAUCGUGUGUGACCGUUUCGACUUUGUUCACGAUUUGGUUCUUUAUUUGUACCAGAACAUGCUUAUCAACUUUAUCGAAGUGUAUGUGCAAAGAGUCAACUCUAGCCGUACACCGCAAGUCAUUGGAGGUCUAUUGGAUGUUGACUGUGACGAAGGCGUGAUUAAAAACUUGUUGUCUUCCGUUACAGGCCCCAUUCCAGUCGAUGAAUUGGUCGAAGAGGUUGAAAAGCGUAACCGUCUCAAGUUGGUCUUGCCUUGGAUCCAAUCGCGCAUCGAUGCAGGUCAACAAGAUCAACCAUUGUACAACGCUCUUGCCAAGAUUAACAUUGACAGCAACAACAACCCCGAAGCAUUCCUCAAAGAGAACAACUUAUACGACCCUUUGGUUGUUGGUAAAUACUGCGAGAAACGUGAUCCUUACUUGGCAUACAUUGCAUACGCCAAGGGCUUCUGUGAUGAAGAACUGAUUUCGAUCACCAAUGACAACACAAUGUACAAGCACCAAGCUCGUUACUUGGUCAUGCGAAGACAAUUGGAUCUCUGGGCUUCUGUUUUGCAAGGAGACAACACGCAUCGUUCUGCCUUGAUUGAUCAAGUUGUUUCAACUGCUGUUCCUGAAUCAACAAACCCCGAUGAUGUUUCAGUCACUGUCAAGGCUUUCAUGGCUGCCGAUUUACCCAACGAAUUGAUCGAUUUGUUGGAGAAGAUCAUCCUCGAACAAUCUGCAUUCAGCGACAACAGAUCAUUGAAGAACUUGCUCUUGCUGACAGCCAUCCGCACGGACAAGGCCAAGGUGAUGAACUAUAUCGACAAAUUGAGUGGAUACGACGUUGACGAAAUUGCCAAGAUUGCAAUCGAUAAUGGAUUGUACGAAGAAGCAUUCCGCAUCUUUGGUAAGAACGAUCAACAUGUGGACGCCAUGAAUGUUUUGGUCGAGCAUAUCGUCAGCAUUGAACGUGGUCAACAAUACGCCGAGAAACUCAAUCAACCUGAUAUCUGGUCACGCUUGGGUAAAGCUCAAUUGGACGGUCUACGUGUGAAAGAUGCUAUUGACAGUUACGUAAAGGCAGAAGACCCAUCCAACUACUCCGAAGUCAUCGAGAUUGCAGAACGUUCCGGACGAGAGGAAGAAUUGAUCAGAUUCUUGCAAAUGGCACGAAAGAAGGCUCGUGAGCCUUUGAUUGAUACCGAAUACGCCUACUGCUUGGCAAAGGCAAACCGAUUGUCGGACAUGGAAGAGUUCUUGAGUAUGACAAACGUGGCAGAUAUCUUGCAAGUCGGAGAGAAAUGUUUCAACGAAGAAUUGUACGAAGCCGCAAAGAUCUUGUUCAGUUCGAUUGCUAAUUACGCUCGUUUGGCAACCACUUUGGUCUACUUGAAAGACUUCACUGGUGCAGUCGAUGCUGCUCGCAAGGCAGGAAACACGAGUGUCUGGAAGCAAGUUCACGCAGCUUGUUUGAGUCAAGGCGAGUUCAAGUUGGCACAAGUCGCCGGUUUGAACGUCGUUGUCGCCGCUGAAGAGUUGCCAGCCCUCGUCCGUGCUUACGAACGUGGAGGACAUUUCGAUGCUUUGUUAGACUUGCUAGAGACCAGUUUGGGAUUGGAGCGAGCAAACAUGAGCAUCUUCACUGCUGCUGGUGUUGCUUUGGCUAAAUACCGACCUGCUCGCUUGAUGGAUCAUUUGAAGAUUUACGUCACCAGAUCCAACAUCCCGCAACUUAUCAAGGCCACCAAGCAAUGCCACUUGCACGGUGCAACGGUAUUCUUGUACACCAAAUAUGACGAAUUCGACAACGCUGCUUUGCACACUAUCGAACAUUCGGCUGAUGCAUGGAAUCACGACGACUUCAAGGGCAUGCUUCCUAAAGUUGCAAACAUUGAAAUUCUUUACCGUGCUUUGACAUUCUACCUUGAACAACAUCCACUUUUGCUUAACGAUUUGUUGCAAGCACUAUCAAGGGUUGAUCCCGCACGUGUGGUACGAAUGUUUAAGAAGGAUGACAACGACAAUAUCCCGCUAAUUCGUUCUUGGCUCAUCUCCGUUCAAGAGAAGGAUAUCGAAGAAGUCAAUGAUGCUUACAAUGACCUCUUGAUCGAAGAAGAAGAUGCAGACACCCUACGUGCCUCCAUUGACGGUUUCAAGAAUUACGAUGCUAUCGCUUUGGCAAGACGAUUGGAAAAGCAUGAAUUGUUGGAGUUCCGCAGAUUAGCCGCUCAUUUGUACAAGAAACAAGGAAGAUUUGAUCAAAGUAUCGCACUCAGCAAGGAAGAUCAAUUGUUCAGAGAUGCAAUCGAGACGGCUGCCGUCUCAAACAAUGCUACGGUUGCGGAAGAAUUGAUUACAUACUUUGUUGGAGUGGGUAACAAGGAAGCAUUUGCAGCGAUGACAUUUGCAUGCUUCGAUGUGAUUCGUGAAGAUGUGAUCGCAGAGCUGUCUUGGAGACAUGCUUUGCGUGACUUUGUUAUGCCGUAUGAAUUGCAAAAAGCACGUUCUCGUACAGACAAGAUUGCCGCUUUGGAAGCACAAGUGAAAGAACUUUCAACACGAGCAGCAACUCAACAAAAAGAAGAAGAUGAAGCACCCAUCUUGGGACCAGGCGGACCUAAGAUGAUUACUGCACCCACGGGAAUGAUGGGAGGCUAUGGCGGAAUGAAUGGAGGUCCGGUUGGUGUUCAACCGACUGGAUUUAUGGGACCGCCCGUUGGCGGAAUGUUCUGAUGCUUUAGCCUAAUCUUAUUCCCCUUACCUUUCCCCCCCCCCUUUCUUUCUCUUUUGGCUAGAAUCUAUUUUUAUCAUUUGAAAUGUAGUUGAAAUUAUAUUGAAUUGAACUUGGCUCCUAUUUUGUU